AUGGUGUCUUACGCCGAGGUUGCGUCUAAGGGAGCCAAGCAGUCGGCAGAGGAGGCCGCCGCCCCCCAACCGCCGCAAGUGCAAGUCGACGCGGGUGUGGCCUCGUCCACGGGCUCGCUGAUCGACGUCGACACGCCCUCGGUGCACACGGUGCCGUCGGACUUUGAGUCGCAGGAGAUCAAGACGGAGACGCAGGCGUCGCGCGUCGAGCGCGAGGCCGAGCAGGAGGCCGCCGCCGCCCGCGCCCGCGCCGAGGCCGAGGCCGCCAGCAAGAAGAAGAAGCGCGUCGCCGAGGAGGCCGCCGCCAAGAAGCGGAGGGCCGAGGGCUGGUUGGCGAGGCACUUGGAUGGGAUGAAGGCGGGUGGUGCCGGUGCCGCGGUGUCGCUGGCGAAUAUUGUGGCGGUGGUGGGCUUGAGUGGUUGGUUGGGGUUCCGCGCGUGGGGUUUGUAUGAUCGUGGUCGGUUGGGGUGGAAGGAGGCUGGUGUUGGGCUCGGAGUGUUGAGCGCUGUGGGCGUGGUGGAGGGCGUGUUUCUGAAGUUGAGGCUAACAGUUCGGUGUAGCUACUUCUCCAAAGCCAAGGGCAAGGACCACUAG